AUGCCAUCUUUAUCGAUCGAAAAAUUAGUAAUUAAUUAUGCAGCUAACCAUCAUAAUAAAUCAUUAGCAGAUAUAGUUUUUGAUGGCAAUGCAAAAAUGGCUAGUUACAUCAAGUUUAAAGGAAAGAAAUGGAAAACCUUAACCAUUGCCGGUUUUCAGCCGCUUUCAGGGGGUACAGUAUCUUUCAUUGGAAAAAUCACCUUACCAGCCGGGCAGUUAGCUAUUAAGGAUAUUAACGCAAGACCAGAUAUUUUACCUGACUACAAUCUAACAAUGGAGUUCUGGAAUACGGAGUAUAAACCUUGGGUUGCAACUAAAAGUUUCAUAGAUGCUAUCAAUAAUCCGCCCAUUAAAAUUGCUACUUUUGGACCACUGACUACGGUUGGCUCUAGACCGGUAGCUUCAUUGACUAAAUAUUGGAAUCUAGUCACGGUAACCAGUGGAGUGAGCUCUGCUGCUCUAAUUAACAGAGAUAUCUAUCCUUAUUUCUUUACGACUGAAACAACCGACGUAACUCUUAAUCCUAUUCGAAUAGCCAUGUUGCGACGAUUUAAUUGGACUCGGAUUGCUACGAUCCACCAUAUCUCAGAGCUACAAGAAAUAGCCGCUAAAAAUUUCAUCAGAGAUGCAGACAAACUAAAUUUCACUUUGAUCACUACAGAAGCUUUUUUUACUUCUCCAGUAGAACAACUCAAAAGCAUUAAGGAGAAAGGUGCUAAGAUUAUUUUGUUAUUUGCCGAUCUGAUUCCUACCAUCAGAUUGUUUUGCGAAGUUUAUCAUCAAAAAAUGUAUGGGUCGCAUUACGUUUGGUUUAUAACCUUUGGAUAUAUCAAGAAUUGGUGGAGAGCAUUUCGUACAGAUGCUAAUGUUAACUGCACGUCAGAGCAAUUGGAAUUAGCAAUGUCAUCCUAUUUUACCUUUAAUAAUGUCGAGCUUGGUUCUGAUGAAACGACAGUCUCAGGGAUGAACUCAUCGCAAUAUAUUGAACAUUAUAAUAAUUUCGUGGUAAAUCCUCUUAACUCGCCUUUCAAGUAUUUCCAAACUAAUGGCUAUGACGCAAUGUGGGCGCUAGCACUAGCACUAAAUAGAACUGAAAAUAUACUGAAAAAAAAUGGAAGCUCCUUAUCUGAUUUUAAUUAUAGUAAUACCAUGAUAAGAAGUAUUUUAUUUGAUGAGAUGAGUAAGACUGACUUUAUUGGUAUUAGUGGGCCAGUUAGAUUUAAAUCCGGAUCUCGUAUAAGUGAUGUCUAUAUCUAUCAAAAUCAGAUUAUUGGAAACGAAUCGAACGUUAUUCCUAUUGGUCUACAUUAUGGUAUAACAAAUGAACUACAGAUUUAUGAGAAUAAAAUCUAUUGGAUAGGUGGAGCUGUACCCGCUGAUACGGUUUCAGUUGAAGUCAGAAUUAUUGGUGUUUCCCAGCAUGUCUUUAUCACUGUAAAUGUACUGGCAAUCGCGGCAAUAAUUUUGGCAAUUGUUUUCCUUUCGCUUAAUAUAAUGAAAAGAAAGCGAAAACAUAUUAAAAUGUCAAGUCCGAAUAUCAAUAAUUUGUUUCUUAUCGGCUGUAUCAUGGGCUAUAUCGCAGCAAUUACAUUUGGCAUCGACUCCAAUAACACACCUAGUGUAACGUCAGCGCUUAUAUGCCCAUUACGUGUAUGGAUUCUAAGUAUCGGAUUUUCAAUCGCUUUUGGAUCACUGCUAUCUAAAACUUGGCGUGUAUAUCGCAUAUUUACUAGCGGCAAGAAAACAAAGAUCGUGAUUAAAGAUCAUCAACUUAUUGCUAUGGUAGUAAUUCUUAUAUGCAUAGAUUUGUGCUACUUAACAAUUUGGCAAUUAGCUGAUCCGUUAAAAGGCAAGCAGAUCCUUGUAAGGAUCGAGAAGAUAAUCUCAUACUUUAUAGUAGAUAGUGAAAGCUUACAACACCAGGACUCAAGCCAAGACUUAAAUACUGUUAUACGCUACUAUAAUGUUUUAUGCAGCUCCCAAAAUUCUUCCAUUUGGUUAGGCAUUAUAUAUGGUAUGAAAUUACUGUUAUUAGUUUUUGGAACUUUUCUGGCCUGGGAAACUCGAUAUGUUACUAUUCCCGCCCUAAAUGACUCUCGUUAUAUUGGAAUGUCUAUCUACAACACAACACUUCUCUGCGUUAUUGCAAUCAUUAUUAGUCAGUUUCUUGGAAGCCAAGUGGAUGCAAAUUUUGCAGUUAUUGCAGGAUUUAUCAUCUUUGGAAUCACAGUAACAAUGUGCCUUGUCUUUGUGCCUAAGGUAAUACAUUUAAAAAGAAACGGCUUUGCUGUUAUGCAAAGUAAUAAUAAUACUGGCAGAGCGAACUCUAGAGUAGACUCUAUGGAUAUAACUUUUGGUAAAGGUAGAAAUAUCACAUGUGAAGACAAAGUUGUCGAGGAAUUUAUUCGACGAAUAAAAAAUUGCGAUGAAGCAAACGGCAUUGUGACAAAAAUCAGGCGUAGAUGGGAAGCUACUAAUUCACCACUAACACUUGGAACCGAUAUUUUGAAUUAG